AUGACCUUCUCUUUCUCUUUAACAGUCCUAAUCACCUUUCUCUCCAAACUGGGACUGGAGACAUUUUAUCCCAACAAGCUCACUCUUCGGUCUCUAUUGGAGAUCAACAAAAACAGCAUAAAUGAAGAAGCUGCCUCAUCAGUACAGAAAAUACCUUGGUGCUUUCUCAGAAAACUAUUUAAACUCAAUGCAGAAUGCAGGGGCUGUACACAAGUAUCAAACAGUGAAGAUAAUGAAGAAAGCAGUGAUCCCCUUGAACUUGACCUUUACACUGCUGAUGAAUCUGCAGACAAUGAGGUUAACCCUCUCGACCUCGUAACAGCACUCUUCCUUUGUGCUGACAGCUUCUUGCAACAGGAAAUGGCCCUCAAGAUGACAAUGUGCCAGUUUUCUGUCCCACUGCUGAUGCCCCAUGUCAAUAACAGUCAGAGUACCCUGAUGCUUUGGGCUCUGAGGGACAUUGUCAAAGAGUGGUGUCCACACCUGUCUGAAUCAAGAGACUUUGUUGAAAACCACAUUGUCCAAGCAAAGAUACCAUUAUAUUCCUUUGUGAGGCUCCAGAACUGUGGUUUGUCCAAGUCCCAGAUGUUGAAUCAAGUUCUCAUCCUUGGCCAGCAGAAUCACAAUAUAUUUAUACACAGAGAAAUGAAAGGAGGAGCAAUUGAAAGACACAUUUCCAAUGGCUUGGCUGAGGUGUACUGGUACCUUCCCAGAGGCAGAGAACAUCCUGAUGUAUUUCCAGACCCAAUUGCAUUUGCCAAUCUGAGAGGAAACAUUUCUGAGUCACUUGCUCAGUUCACUUUUCUGUUUCAAGUGUCAACUGCUACCUUUGUAUUCCUGGACAAAAUUGAAAAAGAGGAGCAUGAGAUUCUGACUUCUCUUCAAGAUGUGAAAUCCAAACUGUUCUUGGUUGUUAACCGCAAGGAUGGAAGUUCAAAAGAGGACAUGGAAUCUGUCAAGAAAACAGUGAAAUAAUUAGAUUUGCCAAACAGCAGUGUGAAAGUUAAAGACCCAAGAGUAAAUGUUGUAGGGUUCUCAGAGAAACUUUCUGCAGCCAUUAACAAGAUAACAGUUGGAAAACCCACCAUGAGCAUUGAA